GACAAACUGAAGGUCAAAAACAUCGAGAUGAUUCAGGUUAUGUUAAAAUCAAGACCCUAAAAUUCCAAUGUUCUAAAAUCUCCCAAAAUACCAAAUUGAAAUAUUACGGACAUCAUCUUCUCUCUAUUUCAGGAUGACAUACAACAGCUACUGUUCAUCAAUAUAUUUCUAACUCGUACCAAAGCUUUGGUUUUCACCGUAAUCAGCUCCAGAUAUGCCGGGAACACGCAUCAUCAUGACCAAGGAAUGCGAACACAAGUUGUCCUUUCUGGCAGAAUGGAAUGACCUCGAUUCAGGAUACCACAAGAACUUCAUGGUGAACUACUAUCCUAGUGAUGAUACACUGGAUAUCUUCGAUAGAGACCUGCAAAGGUUGUAUCUGAGGCGCAGUGUUAUCGAUUCGGUGGAUUAUAAUGAUAUGUAUGUAGGGAAUACUAUCAGAGUUUAUGGAAGACGAAUAAAAUUAUCAGACUAUGCAGAUUGCAGAACCAAAUCUAUAGUAGGUAAAAGGAAAGAAAAAACUUUAGCCAUAUUGAUGCCUUGUGUAUUCGACAAACUAGGAGAGAUUAUAAAGCAUAUCCAAAACCAUGGAUUCCAUAUCAACAGGAUGCGAAUGUGCAUUCUCAACAGACGUGAAGGCUUUUGCAUCAAGCAAAAAAGGUUUAAAACCAUUCGUAGGAUGUUUUUCGCAUAGUGAAUUCCACGAAAAUAUUUCCCAAUCUAAAGUGGUAAAGACAAAAAGACAUGAUGCGGAAUAGAACAAGGUGUAUAGCAUCUAACUUCAAAUGCUCGUCAUUUCGAUGUCUGACAAUGGUUUGGGAUCGAGCUUCCAAAUUAUCUAGUGAUGAAAGACGCUGUGAAUAGAGUGGAAUGCGAUUGUCUGUUGAAAUUUGAUGGACGACUGACUGAAUUUGAAAGAUCCCUCCAGACACUGCAUACGAGUCCCUGGAUUUCUACGACGAUCACCGUGACGACAGCACCUUGCCAUUUCUAUUAGAACACAUGACAAGCGGUCCUGUCGUCGCCAUGGAGUUAGUAGGUGAAGACGCAAUCAAAAGAUGGAUAGAUCUUAUGGGUCCAUGUAACCCCAUAGCAGCCAGAAAGACAGAUCCUCAAUGUUUGAGGGCCAUUUACGGUAGAGACAGUGUCGCCACUAGUGGCUUUCAUGGAUCAAAUAAUGCUGACGAAGUUGACAGAGAAGCACGAUUUUUAUUCCCUGAAGGUAACAAAAGUGUCUCCGGAAGUACUGUCCAACUGAAUAAUACUACAUGUUGUGUUAUUAAGCCUCACGCUAUUGCUGAAGGAAACUUAGGCGAUAUCAUAUCUGUUAUUACUUCCUCUGCUUUUAAGAUAACUGCAGCACAGAUGUUCUACCUCAGUAACGCAAAUGCGGAUGAAUUCUUGGAAGUUUACAAGGGUGUUGUCACAGAUUACCAUGCUAUGCUUUGCAGUUUUGUCGAUGGUCCUUGUGUUGCUUUCGAAAUAGCUGGAAAGAAUAGUGAUAUGGACGUCCAAAAAUUAUGUGGCCCAGUAGAUCCUGAGAUAGCUAGACAAAUUCGCCCUGGAAGUUUGAGAGCUGAGUUCGGAACUGACAAGUGUAAAAGUGCUGUACAUUGUACUGAUCUGCCGGAGGAUACUGUCCUAGAACUUGAAUACUUUUUCAAGGUCCUUAAGGACUAAACUAUUCUCACUAAAAUGUUGUUCCCUUACGAUUAAGUACCGUCUGUAUGGCUUGUACUUUUAUUAAUAAAUACUACUGGACUGUAAACCAC